UUUCAACAGUGAGUGAGAUUUAAAGUUUUAUCCCAUCCUCCCGUAGCAUUUGUCUUUUGAAUUCACAUUCUCCAGUCCAGACGACGACGUUUUCCUGGAUUAGAUCCGAACGUCUAUAGCUUGAGAAACUUUCUGGUGCUGCUCCUGAUCACAUACAAUCCGUAGAAGGAAUCAUACAAGAUGAACAUCCUGGUAAUAUCGUUCCUGGCGCUGGCAUCUUUGUCCACCUUUCCCACGCAGACCUUCGGAGCGGCAGCCGCCGCCGAUGUGACCGAUCCGAAAAAGUCGCUAGCCGCCGCCGAGGCAGCCCUCCCCGUCAACGAUAACGGCCUGAAGGAGAUCUGGCAGGAGGACGACCGCGAAGUGCUGAUCCGGAACGAGCGUGGCACCAAAAAUGGCGGAGGCGCCUCCGGAGCGUCGGGUAAGAAAGACCGCAAAAAAGACAAACUCAACUCAAAUUCCUCCUCAUCGUCAUCAUCAUCACCCUCCUCGGCCUCGUCCACCCUACAGAAACUCAAACAACAAAAUACAAAAUCCAAAUCUGACAACACUAGACAGCAGGCACAGAAUUCACAGUGCCGUUACACCAAAGGACCAUGGACCGAGUGUGACGCCAAGUCUAACACGCGUUCCAGAACACUAUCGCUGAAGAAGGGUGAACCUUCCUGCGUACAGACUCGCACCAUCCAGAAGAAGUGCAAAAAAGCCUGCCGUUACGAUAAAGGAACUUGGUCCGAGUGCACCCCCGCCGGACAGAUGUCCCGUACCGAUAGUCUGAAGUCGAGCAGCGACGCUUCCUGCCAGACGACGCGAGUGGUCAACAAGAACUGCAAUCAGGGAAAGUCGAAAGACAAACAAAACAAACCGGUUAAAACCGAAAAGAAGGAGAAAGGCCUUCGCAAGAACCGUCAGUAAGCUGGAGCAUCGACGUUUCUUUCAAUGAAUCAUUUUCAUCUUCAAACAAAAAAACACGGACACACAUGAUCAUCGUACAACUACCACGCAAAUCAUACGCCGAAUUUAGCAGAUUCGGACCUGCGAAUUGCCAAACGAACAUCUUCCAAAAUCAUCAAAAGCUUCUGGAGGCGAUUUUAAACACACAAACGGAAAGGCUCGAUACUAAACUAUUGUUAUAAUGGUUUUAAGAAGAAAUACAAACGAAUUAGCAAAGUCAGUCAAGCGACAAGUGCUUGAUUGUAGAACAUAAAAUAACAACAUUAAAACGGCACACAAACAGCGAAAACUCAAAUACCCAUACACAAAAACGGUUUGACAUGCUCAGAUCACAAAUACAUCUACACAAAAACAACACACGAAAUGAAAUUUGCAAACUCAUACAUGCAAGGUAAAACAGAACCGGAAGCCAUUCAUAUAUUCGUUUUAAAAUUGAUAUUUGUAAAGUAAGUAAACUUAAACAAGUUUCUUAAGUUAAAUAGAGGAUGAGUAAUUUAAAGGAAAAUAAUUGAGAGGACAGUCGGAAAUAACUUACGUGUUGAAUAAAAUUAAUUAUAGCUAUUACACAGAAAGGCGAACCUUUGUAUAACAACCUGAUAAAAAAGGAAAUGAGCGCGUUUGCAGAAGAAUUCGUGAGCCCCUUGUAAGAGAAAUCAAAACAGAAACUAACCCUUGAGCGCUUCAUCGAAAAUAAAGAAAAUUAACACAAACCGUAAUCAAAGUUUAAACGAACAAAAAAAACAAAAUAACAGGAAUUUUUCUGCUGAAGCCAACAACUGUAACUAACAACAAAAAAAAAGCAGAGCCAUUUCUUACAUUGAUUCCAUAACCUAAUUAGAGUAGACGAAGCUAAGCCAAGUUAUAGAGAAAUUGUAAAAUUUUACUAAUAGUAAUGUGUAUACCCGCACUAUUCAAAACACCUAAUACCUAUCACAGAGCUGUCAAAUAUUUUCUCUAACUUUAUUUGUAAGCGUUUACGCUAGACACAUUUUACGUUCUGCGUCAAAACUUUUCUUGAAGUAGGUCCAAAUUUAAGCCGAGUAGAACCCAAACGAUUAAAAAACAAUCUAUCUAUCAAACCCAACUAACGAAAACUACAGUUGUCUCCCCUCCCGUCGACGAAUAGCUCUUGUAUGUUCGAUGUUCAGCGUUAAAAUUGAAUCAUUUCGUCAUUCUACUGCUAAAAAAAAAUGUUACCGAAAUAACACUUUUACAAAUACGAACUAGAAAUUGAAGUGUACAUCUGUGUUUGGAGCAUAAAGAAGACUACAUGUGGGUAACAGAGAAAAAAUGAUUCUUCGACUACGUGGUUAGAUAAACAGAUAAAUCAAUAAAAGAAAGUUCAGGAACGGACAGAGAAAAAAAACAGGAUAUACAGAAUCGCUAACGCUUAGCUGAACAGAGAUGUCCAGAUAUUGCAAUGGAGACAAGCAGUGCUUGAGCGAAGCAUACCGCGGGAUACGCUAGAGAGUGCGGGAGGCGAAAAAUCCAAAAUCGACUAGAUAAAUAUUUAUAGGAUGAAGCAGCGAACAACACACACACAAAGCAUAUACAAAUAUUCUAAGUAUUACAAUUGCUGUUUAAAAAAACAUGUCCCUUUCUGAGCAAUAGAAACGGAAAACUACACGUGAAAGUAAAGAUUAAAGUAAACAGCUCCAGAAAAAAAGUAUCUGCUAUCUGCGUUCACGUCACCUGACUUUUACUUACACGCCUUUUUGACACCACAAAACGAAGCGGACAUAUUUUCAAAAUGUUGUCACUAGACCUUCUCUUUUCUCAUUGGACAACUUAUACCUCGGAGGAUAAACCUGCAAGCUCAAUCGCGCAUUCAACGCGGUCAGUUCGAAUCGAAUAAAGAGGCAAAAUACCGCCGACUGGUAGCUUACGGUCACUAUUAAAUGUCGAGGAUAUUCGCUCUUGUUUGCAUGUCUGUUCUCUGUAAUUAUUAAUACGCAUACAACAACAUUUCGACCGUUGGAAACAUCAACAAUAACUGUUCCAGAAAUUGAUUUUCAUUCAGCUCAUUAUUAAAAAGCAUAUACAAUAACUGUAGAUUUAAAAUAUCAAAUUUCUUGAUAAAACAUAUU